GGAGUUUCCUGUGAGUCGGGGAGUGCGCACAGAGAAUCCGAGCAGUACAGUACAUAGGAAAUGACUCAUAGGAGUUGAACUGUGAGCGUGGGUGUGUGCGCUGUUAAAACAAGGCUCAGACUCCUCCGGGUGACUCACUCUGAUGCUCGCUUUUCCAUGCUGAAAACCAGCACGCAUUGUUAAUCAGAUGAACUUUCGGGAAUUGUGGAGCCGACAGCGAGCAGCUUUUUACCCGCAGACAUCAUGGCUUCACACGCUCUCUGUGCGCUGUGCGGAUUUAUUAUAGCCGCGGUGACCAAUUUCCAUGGUGUUAGCGCACAGAAAAGUCAGUGUGGACGUUUAGAGUUUUGGAACACGGAUUUAGACGUUUGUGUGCCGUGUGCAUCGUGCAAGCAGUACCCAAAGACCCCGUCAUGCAACACAUGUAAAUCUGUGGAUGAGACACCUGACGCGUGGAAACUGGCAGCCAUCACCAGCUUCUCAGUGCUGGCUGUCGUGCUGGUUGGUGCUGCGCUGGUUAUCGGGGUCAUGGUGCAUCGGCGCAAGUCCCACAAACGGCCUCUGCGUGAGCCCAUUGAAGAAACAGCGGGGCCACUUUACCAGGCUUAAACAUUUCAGUAGCCUCAACGUAAUCUGGAAACAGAUGUGACAGAACCAAGGAGCGACUGGUUCACACCUGGACGGAGCAGCCUCUCUGCAGAGCUACGUACUCUGACUGCAGGUCAGGGUAUCUCUUUCCCAGAAUAGGACGAUUUUAAUUUAUUGUGACUGUUGAGUGAAGAGAUGUGCUCAGUUCUCUCACUCAGUGAAGACCCGACAGUGACCACAGGAGCAACUCUCACACCUCUGUAGGAAUAGUAACAACAUUAUAUUAGUGGUAUCAUUCUCAGAUAUUGUGUGCCUUUAUAUUCCACUUCGAUAACAUCUUCGUCUGGGAGACCUUUUUGGUUUUUACAGGUGUUUGAUUCAGAAAAGGAAACUACAGUUCUUUCUUCAGAGAGAUGGACGCUUUCCAAAAUCCUGUGUAUUUUCGAGCAGGACUCCGAUGAAUGUAACACGGCUACUGCUGCCUGCUGGGCUGCAGUGUGAUCUCCUGCUAUUCAGCGGGGUUAUCCGCCGGUCAUUUACCACAACAGCCUCUUAAAGAUAAAUCCCAUGUGAGUAAGAUGUACUGUCAGGCACAUUAAGGCCAUUUGAAUGUAGCUACUUUUACAGUAGGUGAAAUGUAUUCGAGCCUUCUUCCCUGCCGGUGCCUCCGGGUGUCUGCUCUUUUAGUGUCCUGGUAUAAAAAUGAACAAGCUUUUAAUUAACUGUACUCAUUCACUGUUACUUAUGACAACAAAACAAAGACCCUUUAUUGCAGGUCAUUACAAUAUUGUCUAGUCCGUUGUAAUGUUACAAGAUUUUAGGAGAGUUUAGCUGGAUUUUUACCACAACCCCCGAAGUUCCUCGUUAAUGUCCCCGUGUUGUAGGAUGGGACAGAACACUAGACACACAAUCCCAAACAGCUAACAUAUGGGAAUGUUACGAGGAAUGUACUGUUGUGAAAGAAUUGACACCUACGGUGUUUUGGAGGAGCUACACAAUCCCGAUGCUUACUAACUUUGAUCUGUUGAAUUGUCUCAGAUCUCAAGAAAUAUGUGGAGAUGUCUGUUUAUAAUUGUGUGGCCAUUGAAACCAGUGAGAACUAUGGUGGCCAGGGUUGUUGUUUUCCUUUUUCUUUGUUUAGUUCAGGAUGUGUUCUGUCUUGAUCAGCAGUUACUGACGUAUUCUAUGUGGCUGAUAAUGUCAUAUUUUGGAUAUGUCUGCUUGUGAACUGCUUGUCAAAAUUAGUGAAUUACUUAAAACACAGACACUUCUGUAUAUAUAUUAAAACUUUUUCAGUUUUAAUAUUAUUUAUUUUUCAGUUUCUUGUGGUGUUGUUUUGCAUCAAUUGCAAGUGAUAAGCACAUUUUUAAAGGGACUCCAGUGAAGAUUUUUGUAAAACUUCCACCAGGCCAGCUAACGAUGAUACUGAGCAAUAACUAACAUUUUCUGCAUAUUUCUCUUGCAUUCUCUUUCUAAUUGUAUAUACUGUACAUGCACUGGCUUCUUGUACGUAAUGCAAUCUUAUAAACUGCUUUGUGUACCAAAUGUAUUUUCACAAUAAAACUGACAACUUCCAACUAA